CUCUGCACCGCCAACAUGCCAGUCCUGGACCAAGACCCCUCCAAAGACUCAGGAGGAGACAAUGCUCUUCCUAAACUGCCUCUCCCGGCCCUUAAAGACACCCUGGACAUGUACCUGCGGUGUAUGGAGCACCUGCUCACAGAGGAGCAGUUCAAAAAAACCAAAAACAUCGUGGAGCAGUUUGGGGCCCCCGGAGGAGUGGGGGAGCUACUGCAGAGCAAACUGGAGGAGAGGAGGAAGAACAAGGCCAACUGGGUGUAUGAAUACUGGCUGAAUGACAUGUACCUGAACAACAGACUGGCUCUGCCCGUCAACUCCAGUCCUGUGAUGGUUUUCCCACAGCAGAACUUCAAGGCUCCCAUCGACUCCUUAAGGUUUGCUGCACACUUAAUUUCUGGAGUUUUGGAGUACAAGACUCUUCUUGAUGCACGGGCCCUGCCGGUGGAUUAUGCUCGGGGCCAGCUGGCUGGGACCCCUAUGUGCAUGGAGCAGUACUAUCGUCUCUUCACCACCUACCGUCUACCGGGGCCUGAAAGGGACACACUAGUGGCCCAGGAGAGCAGCGUGAUGCCAGAGCCUGAACACAUCAUCGUGGCUUGUAAAAACCAGUUUUUUGUGAUGGAUGUGGUGAUCAACUUCCGUCGACUAAAUGAACGAGACCUUCUGACUCAGCUGGAGAAGAUCGCCAAGAUGGCGGAAAAUGAAGAAGAGCGGCUCCCACAGAUCGGUCUGCUCACAUCAGAUGGACGCACAGAGUGGGCAGAGUCUCGGAGUGUGCUAAUGAGAGAGUCCACCAACAGGGACUCUCUGGACAUGAUUGAGCGUUGUAUGUGUCUGGUCUGUCUGGACGAGGCCACAGGACCAGAGUUGAGUGACACAACUCGAGCUUUGCUGAUGCUGCAUGGAGGAGGAGUAGCCAAGAAUGGUGGCAACCGCUGGUAUGACAAGCCCAUGCAGUUUGUCAUAGGAGCUGACGGCUGCUGUGGAGUCGUGUGUGAGCAUUCACCAUUUGAAGGGAUUGUCCUGGUGCAGUGCACAGAGUAUCUGCUCAAAUACAUGAUUGGCAGUCCGUCAAAGCUGGUCAGGGCAGCGAGUGUGAGCGAUCUGCACGCACCACGCAGACUCCGAUGGAAAUGCACUCCAGAGAUUCACAAACUCCUCGCCUCUUCUGCUGACAAACUACAGAGGCAGGUGAAAAAUCUAGACAUGAAUGUCCACAAAUUCUACGACUACGGUAAAGAGUUCAUCAAGAAGCAGAAAAUGAGUCCUGAUGCUUACAUACAAGUUGCACUUCAGUUGGCUUACUACAGAUGUCAUAGCAGACCAGUGUCGACCUAUGAGAGCGCUUCUAUACGGCGUUUUCAGGAGGGGAGAGUGGACAACAUCCGCUCAGCCACGCCAGAGGCUCUGGCUUUUGUCAAAGCAAUGACUGAUGGGAAACUGAGUGAUGCAGAAAAGAUGGAGAUGUUACGAGGUGCAAUAACAGCCCAGACAAAAUACACAAUUCUGGCUAUAACAGGGAUGGCAAUAGACAAUCACUUACUGGGACUGAGAGAAAUUGCACAGGAGCUAAAGAUGGAGAAACCAGACAUAUUCAAAGAUGAUGCCUAUCUCAUCAGCAAUCAGUUCAUCCUUUCUACAAGCCAGGUUCCCACAACUGUGGAGAUGUUUUGCUGCUAUGGACCCGUGGUUCCUAACGGAUAUGGAGCGUGCUACAACCCUCAGUCUAACCACAUUAUCUUCUGCGUGUCCAGUUUCCAUGACAGCCCGCAGACGAGUUCAGCAGAGUUUGUUAAAUGUCUGGUGCAGGGACUCCUGGACAUGAGGGAUCUGUGCAAUAAAUUUAACUCCACCUUAGACUCUACCGGGCCAAAACCGUGCCAGACACUGGAGAUGAACACACAGUCAGACAAAAACUGGCAAAUAAAAGUGCCACAGAGGCUGACAGAUGUGAAUAAGAAUCAACACACACUGCCUCAGGUUGUGCUGAAAACACCCGAGCAUACUACAGCGGAGGCUCAGAGCCAAACGUCACCACAAGGAGAGGCACAGGGGUUCAGAAAUGGAAGUAAAUCAUAGGAAUAUACAGGUGUGUUUUAUAUGUCUUUGUGCUUAAAUGAGCUAUAUCUCGAGUCAUUUGCAAAAUAGACACUAUAACUGUGAUAUAAAAUAUUGUGUGAAGCUGUUUUGCUGUUAACUGUACUGUACAAUGUGUGCUGAUGAUAAUUGACUCAAAGUUAUUUGGGGAAAUUAAGAGGUUUGUGCUACUGUUGAAAAAAAGAUCAUAUUUAUAGUAGUAUUCAUCGUGCCUG